UGUGGCUGUCAAAGAUCCCGAAGCAAAGCGAUCACGUCACAAGAAGAAGCAGAGUGUUGACAAAACAACUGAAAGUAUAGAAGGAAUAGCCCCACAUCAUCAAGACUAAGACCAGGAAGGAAUACCAAUGAUAAAAAAUGAGAAACAGAAGAAGAAUCCUCUUUGUUUGUGGGACAUCUCUAAUACUUACAGUGUAUAUAUUGUAUGGAUGGAACCAGUCAUUAGAUGGGAAUUUUAUGGAAUUGCCCAGCUGUCCAGCCUGUUAUGGUCAAAAUCUUUGUUCGAAAAUUUUGCAAUACCAUAAUUCAACUGUUCCGAGAAUAGAAUUAAGUGGUAUCUCUAGACUGAAAGUAACAAAAUUAGUGAAUUUAAAAAACGUAUAUUAUGUAUCAAGUGACAAAGGUGCAGCUGUGUUGAAAAAGUUAGCACAUGAUUCAGAGCUGUGGGAAUUUGACAAAAAGAUUUGUGACAUCAAUGAAAGGAUUAAUUGUAAUGUUUCAGAAACUCUUGAUUAUUUGGUGAAGAAAAAUAAUAAUGAUAUUACAGAAAUUGUUGACCAGUAUCCAUCAGUGUUUGCAAGUGAUGGUAUUGUGUGCAACCACAGCAGGAUACUUCAGUAUUUGUACAGAAAAUAUACUGAGAUGGAUACUGGACCUAAUAAACAACAGCAUUUUCUUACUAUGUUAGCAAUCAACUUUGAACCUCUCUUAAUCAAUGCAUUUCAUCAUACUUCUUGGUUUCCUGCCCUACAUGGAAUGUGUGGCCGAGUGAUAGUGGAGGAUUACGUGGGACCAACACUCUCCCAGCUGAGCCAUGUGUCUUGGCUGGAGCGUGCAGACUAUGCUCGCCAACUUUUAGAAAUGGCUCAAGAAUUUUCAUCUGCAGAAUUUCGGCUUUACCUAACAGAUGUAUCCUUGGAUAACUUUGCAGUGGAUACAAAGGGCAAAGUUAAGAUAAUAGAUGCAGAAAAUAUUGUGUUGGUGGAUCCAUCUGUAAGAGGCCUUGAAACAACUGAACACAUAAACAAGGGCAUUGGGUGCCAGGACUGUUUUAGCUUCUCAUAUGAAGAUCUCUGUGGCCACACAUCUACUGAUCAUAACUUCUUUGCAGUAUGUAAGGGAAUGCUGUCGUCUACUGCAUAUUCCCAAGAUCUUCCUGUAGGACUGUUGCACUCACCACCCUCCUGGGUGACAGAUGUAUAUCCAUCUCUAAAGACUGAUGUAGAAGAUUGUGCAGGACACAUUAACCUCAACAUUCACCACCUGCCAAGGAGAAGAGAGGCAGCUCUUCACCUUCAUUCACAAUUAGUGAAUAUUUUGAGGGAAGCCUUGCUGCACAGCUGAUGCAUUAAAGGAACCACUCACCUGGGUGGGCCUCUGCCUCCUUCCUUCCCUUCCUGGCUUACUACAUACUCAAGUGGCACUGCACAGCAUUAAGUGAUAAUUAUUUUUGUGUACAAUCUACACAGUCAAAGCCUUACAGGAAACAGCAAAUGACAGAUUUAAUUGUUGUAUGUGUCAGUGAAGAAGAUGUACAGGUAACACACCAAUACAAUGGUUAAGUGCUACUUUUUAAACAUAUGUGGCAACUCAUCAGCUUCACAACGACUGCCCAGUGUUCCCGCCACUCCUGUAAAUGUUCCUUUAUAUUAUGCAAUACUUUUUCUAAGUGAUAUCAAAUUGUGCUAUGUUUUGUGAAUUUUGCCUCUAUGAAUUUGUGCUUGUAUUCUUAUAAUGAUGGUAGGGUUUAAUUUUGUCAUCUGGAUGAUACCAGCUUGAGCUGCUCCAGUAUAUUCAUCUACUGCAUAAAUACCAGGGAAACAUCUCUCACAGAGAUGCUGAUACACUCUGAAGAACACUUUGCUAUCAGGGUGUCUUCUGUCUGGAUAUCUGUGUCUGUAUUCUACUGCUGCAGCAUGGGCAUUCCCAUCAGGGAAUGAAUAUCAUGUCAUGAAUAUCAUUACAUAAAUAUCAUGUCCAAAUACUCAAUGUUACUGAAUGUGAAAGACAUCUUCACUGUAGCAAAAAAAUGCACUUUGGCAGUCAGCUGAUUGACAAGGCCUGUCACUGUUAGGUCUCAAGACAUUAAAUGAGUGUUGAGGGGGAUGACAGACAGUUGCAAUGAGUUACCACAUGUUUAAAAAGUAGCACUUAACAACCACUGUAUUGCUGUGUUACCUGUAUGUUUUCUUCAUUGACACAUAAAAAUUCAAUCUGUCAUGCUAACUGUUUCCUGUAAGGCUUUGACUGUGUAGAUUGUACACAAAAAGUUAUCACUUAAUGUCACAUGGUGCCACUCAAGUGUGUAGUGAGGCAUGUAGGGAGGGAAGGAGGCAGACACCCACCCAGGCGAGCAGUUCCCGCAACACACAAUUUACAUGUUAAUUUCUUGCAAAAUAAAGCAAAACACAGCAUAUGUGUAUAGAAUAUUUUUGACUUAGAAGUACUUGAAUUAUCAAAUCUCGAAGUACGUACCUUAACUUGUGGGACACCUUGUAUAGUAAGGAUGAGGGGCAGUGCAAGCCAGAUAUUAAAUAAUCUUCUUCUGUGUUCUUUUCAUAUCCUAGUAACACAAGAGAGCAGAAGCAGCUUGCUCCUGGAAACAAACCUUCAUCCCAUUCACACUACAUCAUAUACACUAUGAAUAUUUGUAAACAUUCUUAAUAUUUCUGUAAUUUUCAAAAUAAAGAAUUCUUAAUAACUUCCCUGCAUCAUAUUCACAGCACUAGCUGGUUCUUGGACUAAGUACAAACAUUAUGACAUCUAAAAUUUGGCACUGUUGGUGUAACCACUUGUGCUACUACACCUCACCAACAGAAGGUGGGUGCUCCACCCAGCAGCCUCUAUCAAUACUAUUGUGGUGGGGGAUGACACUGGUAACACUGGGCCCCUGGGUAGUGAAGUUAGGCACUGGCAAUGAUGCAGUAGCUGCAAACAAUGGCAGCCUUGAGAGAUUGAAAGUGGCAUGGAAGGUGAUUGGUUGAGAGAGCAGCAGUGUGCUGGCCAAUCAUGGAGGAACUGACCUUAUAUAAGGAGCUGUGGCAGCCCCCAAGAGUGAGAGAGCGCCUAUUUUCCACCUAUGCAACACCUGUGCCGACAGUCUGCAAUAUGCUCCCCUUGUGUUAUGCUAUAACGCUAGCCACCCACGGCUGCCACUACAUGACUGCAUCCUAGAGCAUGCUGUGAGGAUUGUGUGCCCUGACAGUCUGAGACAGUGAGGACCUGACACUGAGGUGUGUGUGACACCUGCGUGGUCUGUUAUGGUGUGGACUACCAGAGGAGACACUGGUGCAACACUCUUGGUGAGCUGCGACUCUGUAGCAUGCUGUGUGGUGCCACUGUAGUGUGAGGUGGGACACACAAUCCAGUGAUAUAGACACUUUGCUGAGUGAGGCCUGGUGGUGAGAGCCUUACUUGUACUGUAGUGUGUUAGUGUGCCACAUGUCUUGUAAUGCUGCUCUGUGUGGGCAAUAAAGACAGGAGUGCCA